AUGUCGGCGCACUUAUUCCGCAUAAAUACCCAGUCCAUCUUCAUUCAAUCCCUGGAACUGUCACUUGGCGAGAGUACUAGCAUUGGGAUUGCAACAUUCAAUCAGAUGAACAACAAAGAAUAUACCCAGCUCGCACAAGAAGAAGAGGAGGAGCAAGUGCUGCAAAGAAAACUUCCGCUUGAAGCGGAUGGGGCGUGCCCCCAAGGCACAAAACGUUUCGCCUCACCGUGGUGGAUUGCUAUUGCCCUGGUUGCAUUCCUUGCGAUCAACGGGCUUUGCCUCAUAAUUAUGAACAGCCGGCUCCGAGCUGCAUCAAAGGCGCUAGUCCCACUGCUCGACUUCACGGAUACCCGGCAUUUGCCUCGCCCCGAUCAAUACGAUGGGCUGUGA